UAACAAAGAAGAAAUUUCCUUAUCUCCUCCUAAUUGCUAAACCCAAAGGGGAAAAAGCUUUUGUUUAUCCACAAGCAAAAACGAAAAAGAAACAACAAAAAAAGGUACCGUCGUCUCAUCAAUACAUCAGACAAAUAAAUUCGCCCUCUCUCAUCAUCAUUUCUUCCGCGAAUCAAAGCCAAGAAAGAAGAAAACCUUCACGAGAAACCCCUCCGCCGCCCAGAUUACGACACGAAUCCAUCUUCUUCGCCGGAAAGAGCUGGACCCCGACGGUUGCAGGUCGUCGGAUUCUAGCGGGAAACUCUAAAUGUUGCAGCUCUUCUUCGCGGUGGCGUUCUCGGCGGUGCCGUUGACGCUCUACAUCCCGCCGAUCCGCUCCCUCAACCUGUUCGUGGAGACGAUCGAGGAUUUGCUCCGUCAGAUGGCCGUCCAUACUGUCCGGACGUAUCCUCGGAUACGCUUCGGCUUCUCUCGCAUCCUCAACAACCUCCUCCAUCUCGCCAGGUAAAUCAAUUCGUAAAACCCCUCUCCGCCGCCCGCCGCCGGCCAGCACCAGAUCGAAAUGUCCGUUGUUGUGUUAUCUCUGACUAGAGGCCGCUCGUCCUUCGCCUUUGGAUCGUUGUUGAAAAUUUUGAUUCCAUAGAAACUACUGGCUGCUGCCUGCUGUUGUUUGUUUGUUUGUUCGUUGUAAAUACUCUUGUGUAGCUAGCUGAUGAUAGAUAGAGAUCGAAUCGGCUGAGAAGUUCUUUAGCAGAUUUUCGUUUACUCCUCUGAAUUAGGUUUUGACCGAUUAGGUUGAUAGAUUCUCUUCGUGUGCUGGAUUUGGCUGUAAUAUUGUUUUUUUUUUUUUUUGAGGUUUCUGUAUUAUCUCUGAUUGAGCAAUAAAUUUAUAAAAAAUUG